AACUAUCCAAAGUAUUCCGAAAUAACGACAGAUCGCGGGAAACUUAACAUGACGGAACUGUCACAAUUGGGCACUAAACUCGGCAUAACUUCGCCAAGAGUGCUAAGGAAAGCAAAGGAGUUUAGUCAGUUAGUAGACAUCAGGAGCAGUGGCAGUUUAUCUGCAUUAAAACUGCCUGGAUCCUGUAAAACAGUAGCAUGUAUUGAUUUAGCAGCUUCUGUUUGUAGCAGUCAUGUUGAUAAGAAUGCAGCUGUUAAGGUGUCAGGAACAACUAAAAAGUUGUAUACAAUGUGUUUGAAGACUAUAGAGAGUAUAUUGGAUAUACAACAGAUACAGACUGUACGGGAAUUAGCUGUGCAGUUUGGUUGUACAGGGGCUGUAACUCUUGCACAACAAAUUCUUAAAAGGUAUGAAGAUUCUCAGAAAGUUGAUGGAGAUGACAUGGAUUUUAGCACAAGUCUUUUUCAAGGAGCUGCACUUUGUGCUGCUUGCAAAAAAUUGAAAAUCAAAUUAGAAAGAGGGAAACUAAAAGAGAUGUGUGCAGUUAAAAAGACUUGUUUUGAACAAUUGGUCACAGACAUGGAGAAACUUGCAGAUUCAAUAGAAGGAGAGAGAAAAGUUUUACCAACAAAAAGAAGUAAAACACUAAUGGAUGACAUAGAAGGAAAAAUGCAAGAAAUUCCAGAAAAACAACAAAGGAAAACACAAGAUGAUGAUAAUGUAGAUGAAGAUGAUGAGCAGGUAGAUUAUGAAGAAUGGAAAAGAAAGAUUCUAGAAAAUGCUGCCAGAGCUCAGUCCAACUCCUGACAUAUUUCACCUGCAACUGACUACUUGGCUAUGUAAAAGGUUCAUAUUUCAGUAUAAAGUGAAUGGAAACAUUGGGACAUCAAUUGUCUUACUUCAAUCUAGAUUAAAUUAUAAAUUGAAUCAAAAGCAAGUCACUUGGUCAGAUUAUAAUGUAACCCUGUCUUAUUGAAACUUGGUCUGUAUGUUUCUUUUACUGUACAGUUUGAAAUUGGAUCACCUGGAAUGAAAAAGUGAGGUUUACUAGAUGAAAUUGCCUUGUAUCAAACUUAAGACAAGUUUCUUGUUUAGAGUCCUUGAUCAUUAUGGCCCUAUUAAAUUUAAAGGUAUUCCACAAAGGUGUUUUGACAUGACUAGAGCUGAAAUAGUUUUUCCAGAUUUCUGUUCCAUAUGACGUAGGUCUAAACAAGAAACUUGUGUGCGGAAUUUCAGAUCAUUCGCAUUCUCUGUUAUUCCAGAAUAAUUAUUUAAGUUCUGAAAAAAAUGAUCCAAAAUUCAAAAGCAUUGCAACGUCUUUUGCCUUUUUACUCCAACUGGGUCGAGAAUGGCACAAAAGUAUGAUUUUCAGUUUAUUUCUUGGUAUAUGUCUUAAUUAUCUUUUGCAUAUCUUUCUGUUUAAAGUGCCUUAGUCAGUCUGUGUAAGAAAUGCAAAUUUUAUAUUUUCAGCUUUUGAAACUCAUUGGAGUUCCUUUAUACUUGCUAGUUUAACUAGGACUGAUUUUGUUAACAGAUUACAAUAAGCAUAUUAUGUCUUUAUCAGGAACUACUUUAUGUAUUUGUAACAAAAAAAUUAUUGAAGUAAAUGUUUGUAAUAAAAUGUGGAUGAAUAUCAAAAUAAGAGUUGAUAAUUUGUGUCAAGAAUGGAAACUGUAUUUUUUACUAAUUUACA